AUCAUCGUUGCCUCUUUCUUCAUUUCAUACCUCAGGUUGAAAUGAGAUGCAUAGAGUGAAACACUGGACAUCGAGUUAAAAAAUUAAGUUUGUGGUAUUAUUUUCAAUCAAAAUGUUUUUCUCCGAUCUCUCCGAACUUUUUUCAUACUUUUGCCACUUAAACGCAAGCCAAGAUGUCAACUUUUAACGGUAUCAUCCAUGAAUUCCCUGACAUCAGAAUUGAUUACUUUCGCGGGUUUAAUGAUAGGCCUCCGCUGGCCUGCUUUCUGAGUCAUGUUCAUAGUGAUCAUCUUACAGGACUUGAAGUCCUCAGGAGCCCUUUUGUGUACUGUUCAGCUGCCACAAGGGAAAUUCUGCUCCGCCUCGAAAAAUAUCCUUGUCGCAUGAAUCUAGCCAAAGGCAUACUUGAGAAUCCCCGGGUCCAGACAUAUAAGCACCUUACCAAAGUGUUAAAGCCCAUUCCUCUCGAUACGCCUACCGAGCUUGAACUAGAACCCGGUAAAAUUAUUCGAGUGACUCUGUUGGAUGCUAACCACUGUGUUGGCGCUGUUAUGUUCCUCAUUGAAGGUGAUGGAACCGCAAUCUUAUACACAGGAGACAUUAGGAGUGAGCCUUGGUGGGUUAAUUCCAUCGUUAGAAACCCUACUAUGAUCGAAUAUACGACUGGGAUGCAAAGGCUUAAUCGUAUCUACCUUGAUACUUCGAUGUUAGGCGGCUUCCCUUUACAGACAAAGGCGGAAGGACUCCGCUUGCUUCUAGAGCAAGUGUGGUACUAUCCAGAAGACACCAUUUUUUAUAUACAAGCAUGGACCUACGGGUAUGAAGACGUUUGGAUCGCUCUAUCAAAAGCGCUCAAUUCUAAGAUCCAUGUCGAUAAGUACAAGAUGGGGGUAUAUAAAUCUCUUGCAACUAAAUCUACCGAUAAUCGCUUCGCGGCCCAAACCCAUUUGGCCAAGGAGGCUCCCUAUCUCGCGGGGUUCACCUGUGGUAACAAUCAGCAUGAAGGGUGCUUAACAUUAGAUGAAAACGUCCGCAUUCAUAGUUGCGAAAAAGGAACGGGCUGCGCUGUCAUAAAAAACAAGCCUGUUGUAUGGAUCAAACCUAUCGUUGCGCAUCUUAGAGACGGACAAGAUGUGGAUGAGGUAGGUAUCGGUGGUGGGGGUGAAGAUCUAAUACAGCGACUGAGUAUUGGCAUCGAAGACAUUCGAGCCUUGACGGAGACAGUAAACUCCAACCUUCAGUUACCAGACGGAUCCCAUUUAAGCGACGGACAUUUACUGAGUAAGGCGCUGCUGGGCUCUAGGGACCUUGGUCUCGAUAUGGAAAUAAACGACUCUGCGGAAGAAUCCAUUCAAAUUUACCAAAUUUUCAGGUCUAUCUUUAAGAAGGUAAAAACUAUGCAGAAUCCAGUAACGACCAAUGAGAACUUCGACACUGAUGCGCUACCAAACCGAAUUGUAUUUCCGUAUGCCCGACAUUCUUCCAUACCUGAACUCAGACAUCUUAUCGAGGCUUUCAGGCCCAUCGAUAUUUGGCCAUGCACAGUAGACCCGGAAGACUGGAUGGAGAGCGGUAUUACUAUGGAAGAAUUAUUUGGGGAUCUAUGUGGUGGCCUUAAUCAGCACGAUAAAAUUUUAGCAGCGGAAUAUGAGGCAAAGGAAGGAAGAAAAAAGGGGGAGGGAUACGAUCUUGGAACUCCGCCAAUAUUAUCGUCUCAACCUGAACCUCCCUCUAGCCCCACUAUACCGUCCACUAUACCAUCCACUAGCGCCCCCAAGCUACAGGGACUUAAUAGCGAAGAGUCUCCAAUUGUAGAACAAAUCACCCCCGAGGCGCCGGAACAAUACUGUGACCUACAAUCCGCCCGGGAGGAAGACGAAGCAAUAUUUCAGCCCCAGUUCCAACAAAACAAGGGCAACUACCAGGAGUUCCAGGAGAACCAGAGUAUAGGCUCAGAGUCUGAGGAAAACAGUGGUGAUAACUUUGGAUUAAACCUCCAAGGCUCACAAGCGUCGACAAUAUCCGCUUACGAGUAUGAGACCAGGCUGCAUGCGUUUCGCGCAGCACAGGCGAACAUGGAGGGCGACGGCGAUUGGGCUGCUAUAAACCUCAUAUCUACGGCGGAUAACCACACCUCUAUCGAGCCGGACCUGGGUAAUUCGUGAAUAUUCGCAAAUUAGGUGACGGAAAAGGAUGGAGUUGGUGGGGGAUUAUAUAGGCGUUCAGAAAUCAUCAUGGGGUGGCAAAUUCCUUUUAUUAGAUACCAUAGAAAAAGUCGGCAACAAUUAAUGUACGCGACA